CUUCCCCGCCGGGGUGGCCUUAGUAGGCAAAAUGGUUCGGACGGGCCUGUGCCGGGCACUCCGGGCGCUGCAGCUGCUGCAGCCGCCGCUCAAAUCCCGGGGACCGGCCGCCUGCUACGGUACUUCAGUAACAUCUGCCAAAAUCCAAGUGAACGGAGUCCACCUGCACUAUCAGCAGACAGGAGAAGGAAGCCAUGCAGUUCUUCUGCUCCCUGGCAUGCUAGGAAGCGGCCAAACUGAUUUUGGACCACAGCUGAAGUCUCUGAAUAAGCAACUUUUUACCAUAGUUGCUUGGGAUCCUCGUGGCUAUGGACAGUCCAUUCCUCCGUCUCGAGACUUCCCUCCAGAUUUCUUUGAGCGGGAUGCCAAAGAUGCUGUGGAUGUUAUGCAGGCACUGAACUUCAAGAAGUUCUCUCUACUGGGCUGGAGUGAUGGUGGAAUUACAGCACUCAUUGCAGCUGCAAGGUAUCCAGCUCUCAUCCACAAGCUGGUGGUCUGGGGAGCAAACGCCAGCGUUACUCAAGAGGAUGUGAGAAUUUAUAAUGGUAUCAGAGAUGUUUCAAAAUGGAGUGAAAAGGUCAAGAAACCGUUGGAAGAGAUGUAUGGACACAAGUACUUUGCCACAACCUGUGAGGCUUGGGUAGAUGGAAUAUCUCGCUUCGCUGAAAAGCCAGGCGGUAGUAUCUGCCAAGAGCUGCUGCCAGAUAUUAAGUGUCCCACAUUUAUAAUUCAUGGAGUGAAAGACCCUUUGGUUCCACAGCCUCACGCAGAAUACAUUCAUAAGCACAUCAAAGGCUCUCGAUUGCUUCUCAUGCCAGAAGGAAAGCACAACCUACACCUACGCUUUGCAGAGGACUUCAACAGGGAAGUGGAAGAUUUCCUACGCUGAUGUGAACUGUAAUAGGCUGGA